AUGGAAAAUAAUUUAUUUCAUGAUGUAAAUAAUCAUUGUUUAAUCGAUGAAGAAAACUUGAAAGUAAAAAAAGAAUUCCAUCGUGAACUUGUUAUUGUAAAAAAUGAAAUAUUUGUUGAAAAUGAUUCAAUAGAAGAUGAAUCAAUUAAAAAGGAAAUACUAGAAGAAAAUGUUAUAAUAAAAUACGAAAAGACAGAUUUAAAUGAAGACUCUUCCAUUGAUAAAUAUAAACAAACUACACUUGAACAUCAAUUAAAUACAGAAUUUAUAAUAAAGGGUGAAAGUGUUCAAAAACAUCAAUCAAUUCAAAACGAAGGCAAGAAGAAUGUGAAGACAUGUGACAUUUGUGAUAAAAAAUUUGCUCAUCAAAGAAGUUUAAUUCGACAUAAACGAAUUCAUAGUGGAGAAAAACGUUUUUCUUGUGAAGUUUGUGAUAAAUCAUUUACUCAUCGAUUCAAUUUAGAAACACAUAAAUGGACUCAUGCUGAGAAAAAACCUUUUCCUUGUGAAGUAUGUGAUAAAUCAUUUACUCAGCGAAGUACUUUAGAAGCACAUAAACGGACCCAUAGGGGUGAAAAACCUUUUUCCUGUCAAAUUUGUAAUAAAUCGUUUACUCGUCAAAACGGUUUAGAUUUUCAUAAUCGAAUUCAUACUGGAGAAAAACUUGUUUCUUGUGAAGUUUGUGAUAAAACUUUUAUUCAAAGAAGCAGUUUAGAAACACAUAAAUGGACUCAUACUGAAAAAAAACGUUUUUCUUGUGAAAUUUGUGAUAAAUCAUUUGCUCAGCGAAGUACUUUAGAAGCACAUAAACGGACUCAUAGUGGAGAAAGACCUUUUUCUUGUCAAAUUUGUGAUAAAUCAUUUACUCAGCGAAGCAGUUUAGAAACACAUAAACAAACUCAUACUGGAGAAAAACCAUUUUCUUGUGAAAUUUGUGAUAAAUCAUUUUCUCAUCGAAUCAAUUUAGAAACACAUAAACGAACUCAUAGUGGAGAAAAACCAUUUUCUUGUAAAGUUUGUGAUAAAUCAUUUACUCAUCAAAACGGUUUAGAAUAUCAUAAACGAACUCAUACUGGAGAAAAACCAUUUUCGUGUGAAGUUUGUGAUAAAUCAUUUACUCAGAGAAGUAGUUUAGAGUAUCAUAAACGGACUCAUACUGGAGAAAAACCUUUUUUCUGUGAAAUUUGUGAUAAAAAAUUUAGUCACCAAAACGGUUUAAUUUAUCACAAACGAAUCCAUUCUAGAAACAUUUUAACUUGUACAUGAUAAUUUUUUUUAAAUGAUUAAUGCACUGAUUGUAAUUUUUAAUUCAAAACUGAUCUACAAUUCUCUGAGAAAUG